UUCUGUGUGGCAAUAAUGAAGUUUUUUGAACCUGCUGAAAUGCUUCCAUCAAUGUUUUGUUCAGUCCAAAUUUUUUUUUCUAGACUGAACGCACCACCACUAUUUGGAGGCAUUAGAUCUAGAGUUGGGAUCCAGCAAACUUUUCUAAAUAGACCAACACCAACCAUCAGCUUCCAGCGGACAUUUGAUGCCCGGCAAAAGAUUGGUCUGACUGAUGCCCGACACAAACUGGGAGUUAAAGAUGCUCGGGAAAAACUGCUUCAGAAAGAUGCUCGGUUCAAAAUAAAAGGGAAAGUGCAGGAUGCCCGGGAAAUGCUAAAUUCCCGCAAGCAGCAGAGUGUGGCUGCUGAGAAGGUGACCAAAGUGAUGGAUGCCAGAGAGAAGAUCAGCUUGAAAAGGAGUGCUCCUACUGCUGCAGUUAUAAGUCCGUCUGUGGGGACAGUGGCCCCAGCUGUGAAGAUCACCAAAACUAUUCAGCAGAAGGCUGCACCCCCAGGGCACACUCAUCCUGCAGGAAUGAGGAUCAAUGUAGUGAACAACCACAUACACAGACAGGGCCUGUAUGACAUGGAGGAAGAUGAUGAAAGUGUAUCUCCCCUUCCUAGCAAACAGAUGAAAAUCACCACCACGAACAGCUUCCUGCACAAUGCGGCUGGGCUCAGUGGCAAUAAGUUCUCUCUUUCCAAGACGGUCCCCCUCACCAAAGUGGUCCAGAAUGACACCUAUACAGCUCCACCAGCACCUCCCUCUCCCAUUCGGACAAAAGCUCUGACAAAUGUGUCCCGGACCUUGGUGACCAAAGAGGAACCACCAAAAGAAACAGCACCUAUUGAGCCGGUAUUCAGCCCUUUGGAAGGCACAAAGAUGACUGUGAACAAUCUGCACCCCCGCGUCACAGAGGAAGACAUUGUUGAGUUGUUCUGUGUGUGUGGUGCUCUAAAGCGAGCCCGUCUGGUACACCCAGGAGUGGCUGAGGUGGUCUUUGUGAAGAAGGAAGAUGCCAUCACAGCAUAUAAGAAAUACAACAACAGAUGCUUAGAUGGGCAGCCAAUGAAGUGCAACCUUCACAUGAACGGGAAUGUCAUCACAUCAGAUCAGCCAAUCUUGCUUCGAUUAAGUGAUACCCCCUCUGUGAAGAAGGAAGUAGAACCACGGCGGUCGAGUGCAAGCGCCUCCUCAAAUCCACCAGCUGAAGUGGACCCUGACACCAUUCUGAAGGCACUCUUCAAAUCUUCGGGAGCCUCUGCCUCUGUGCAGCCCACAGAAUUCAAAAUCAAACUCUGAGAAGAGUGGAGGCAAGCAGUGGACUGGAAAACUUGCUGAAGGCGUGGAAUGGGGAAAAUAGCGUGGGAUCGCAGGUGUUACUGUGUUUGCCCACCUUGUGGUUUUUGUUUUCUAUGAUUGCUACCUUCCUGUACAGUAGUAUUCCCUCUUGUGUGUAUUUUCUGUUUUAAUAGUUGGAGUUUUCUUCCACAUUUUUUCCAAGAGAAUAACCUCCCCCUUCUGCCAGUGAGAUAUAUUACCAAGCAUAGACUUGUGUAACUCCCUCGUUUGCUCCACGCUCCUUGUGGCCAGCCAUUAAAAGUGUACCUAGAGACUAUGAGGGAAAGGGAGUGGUAAACAGUACCUCCUAACCUCCAAUUUACAACCUCUGAUGAAAGGAGAUGCCCCUCUUUUUAUUGUCACUUGAUACCCGAUUUCAUUUUUUAAAGCUGCAUUUGGGAUGGAGCCAGGUGUGAUUCUCAGAAGCAAGUCGCAUUUUGACAAUUUUAUCUCGCGAUAGGAUACAGCUUCUGCCUGGCUAUUACAUGCUUUGCUGAUCAGCAGCUGUGACACUUGGAAGUACUGAGAAGAAUCCAGCUCCCCUGUUUAUCAGCUGAUGGAAGAGUUUGGGCUGGGGAGAGGAUAUAUGCACAGGUGGAGACAUACAGCUUCUAAUCUGCUGUCACAGUUAAGCCUUUGCUAUUGUCCUUGUGAAGUUCAGUGUUCAGUAACAGUGAGGGGGAGAAAAUGGCUCAUGCAUCUGUGUAAUGUGACUAUAUCAGCCCCUUAGGGUGCCACAAGGGGAUCUGCUCUUUCCUCCCUCUUUCUGGAAUGACUCUGUAAGAGUAGAAACUUUGACCAGAACCACAGAAAAUGGAGUUUCCUUUCCUUUUAGGUUGAAUCAUAUCAUGUUCUCUCAUUUCCUGUUCUAUGUAGGGACAUGAGCUUUUUUAAUUGGGUGGGAUGAGGACUGGUAAGUUCAAUUUUAUGGAGAGGAGUGGGCUGCGGAGUAAGUCAUGUCCUAAUAUGAAAGAAGUAAUCCUCUUGUCCACCUGCUUGCAAGGAAUAUCAGUUAUAAAAAGAUUCCGUGUGAGCAGUACUUGGCUGCUUUACCCAACAGCUACUCAUGUACAUGGGCUAGAAGGAUGGUGGAGGCACUUCAUGGUCCAAGAGGGAUGGCUAUUGAGAAAUCAGUGUAAGGGAUCCAGCAAAGAGGGGAACAUAGAAACAAAGCAAGCCCCAAGUAGAGCCACAAGAAUGUACCUUCCAAAGAGGGGCUGUUCAUUGAUGAGCCAUUGGCCUCUAGGUGGCACUUGCUGUGCUCCCUUUGUUAGCAUAGCAUUAACCCAGUGAGAACUGGGAAGUCCAGGUAGCUCUAUUAUGAAAAAAGAGGGAAAUGAAGAUGAUCCCAAAAUCUGGCUGAAGUUUUCAGCUUGAUCCUUCCCAACUAUGAAACUAAACUUUUCAGCACUGCUGACAUUCUUCAGUGAAUUCUGUCCACUACUGUUGUAGAUUCAGACUCCAUUCCUUGGUGGGCCCUGUGUUUCUUUUGCGCUUUUGUGCUAAUUCUUUGUUCUGUCCAGCAGGUACAAACCAUUCCUCUCUCAUGCCGUAUCACUCCUAACCAUGGAAAGAACUGUUGACUCAACAAAACUUGUUUUUUUGGAAUACUCAUUGUAUAUGGAAAAUAGUUGCACAGUUAUGGAGGGGUGCUCCUUGAGAACUGCAAGUGUGUGAGGGGAAGGGAUUUAAGACAGCAAUUAUUCCUCUUUUAGAUCACCUAUCACAUCUGUAUUUUAAUAAAAGGAGGUGGGGAAGGGAGAAUUAGGAGUUGGAGAAGACUAUGUAUUAUCCAUUUCAGAAUAAAUGUUUUGUUAUACAGAGAUUCAGUUCUAAACUUCUUAAGACACUGAGAGAGUUGACAGAGACCAGGUCAGUGGAGCUGUUGAACUUUGAAUUAAGCCUGCUGCUUCAGCGGUAUAGAGAACUGAGGAAGUCCCAAAUCAAUAAUGUUGGUUCAGUGAUCAAUGUCAUACAUAGGUAAGCACAAGGUGGAAGAGAAAGAAUGGCUCAACUCAGGCAACUAAUACUCAUGUGACCAAGUCUUUCAGCUUUGGUGCUGAAGUUCAGCCCAGCUCUCUCUGUUGUCAGAAUUAUUACCAGCUGAUAGCUGGUUGCUGUUCUAUGAUGUGAAAUGAGAUCAGUAGUAUUGGUCUAGUUUUUAGUAGCUAGGUAGCCACGCUACCAAAAUGGACAUUGUCUGUACGCAUUAUUGGCAGCUUAGAGGCAAAAGAAUGAAUGGAGCUUUGAGACUGAAUAACCCUCAGAGAUUAAAUAUGUUGGUGAGAUGACUGGAGAAGUUUGUGUUGCUCCGUACCUGUUGAGAGGGGCCUUCCAUGUACAGGUCUUUAAGAUACCUUUCAGGAGCACUAAGCUCACAACACAUUUAAUUAGAGAGUAGUUCCUAACUAUAUUUUGUCCGACCCCUUUGGUAAUUCUCACUUCAUGAAUGUUGACAACAGUUGUAACAGUGGAGGGAAAGAUAUGUUCCAGUGUUCAUUUACACAGUAAUCAUUUUGGAGCAGGGACAGUGCUGAGCUCAGUGGACUCUGAAACUAAGUAGGUUCUUACAGUGUUACUGCAAUAUAAAUAAGGCCACAAGAGUUUUUAGGAGCCUUACACAGUAGCACUACUCUCCUGCCUGGCUCAGAAAACUUUUGUCUGUGCUUUUCUCCCAGUAAUAUUGUUUUUAUCAGGAUAGAUGAAAUAUCUACAAGGCCACCAACCCUCCAAGUGAUGGACAGUGUGUGUGUGUGUGUGUGUGUGUUGAGAAUGACAAGAAUUCCUGUGCUGCGUCCUGAUUUGUAAAUGUUCAUAUGCUCCAUGAUGGUGUAUUUACCCAACCCACCUUAGGACAGGAAAUUUGAGUUGACUGCAUUGCCACUGCAUUGCAAAGCCUCGUUAACAUGGAUGCUUACCUUCCUUUCCUAUUUGUCAAGAAACAAGGUGGUCUUCAGCCUAAUUAAGACCAUAAGGACUGUGUGGAGCAACAUAUCCUAGAACUGCCAGUGACCACCUAGGAAGCAUGGAAACAGAACCUACAUAGUGACAAGCUUUCAAGGUUUAUCUUCCUGUUAAAGGUGCAGCCUUAUGGUUCUUAAAAGUUUGUCACUACUGUGAGUACAAACUUCAUGGAUACAAACUGCAGUAACACUAAUCUUUUUAGAGGAUUGUUGCUCAGUUGAUCCAAAGGCAGCAAGACAUGGUGUGUUUGGGUGUCCCUCUUGCCUAAAAAAGUUCUCUGUGGUUUUAUACACAAACCCGUGGCCACAGUUGAAGAAAAGAUACAGGACUAGGUAUGUCACUAAUCUCCAUAUUUUUGGCAUAGGAAGUUCCUUUACUGUUGUGAAUUUAGAUACAUGCAUUAAUGAUUCUUGUUUAAGAAAAAGGUUUAUUAAGAGUGGUCACGUUAUUGACAUUUUGAUCAUAGGUCAAACCUAGGGUAAUGUAACCAAUAUGGGAAUCUUAUCACAGUUUUGUUUCCCUAUAGCCCAGUAGCUCAAAGCUGACCAUUCAGAAUAUUCGGUUUGUUUAUACUGUAAUGGAGACUCUGGGUCAAAGAUGAGUUCUACUAACAGACUUUAGUUUUAGAACUCUAAUAUAAUUAUCAAGUUAUAAAAAAAAAGGGAAUUUAUCAUGUGUUUUGUGUAAGGGUGUAGCAGCGGGGGGGAUCUUGACCAUGGUAAUUUUCAGCUUUCCCAUGAUGUCUACAAGGUAUUCAAACAUUUAUCCAUAUCCAAUUUUUAUUCAUAAUUUAAAUAAACCAAAUCUUGCCAUCCU